UCCGUGACUGGCUCAUUACAGGAACACACCAAUACCACAUAGUGCAGCUGGCAGGUGAAACUCUACAAACGAACAGCUUCAAGAAAAUGGACUGCAGUCAACUCACUAACACAGCAAAAGUCAGUGUAGGAUACAAGAAGGAUGGAGCUGUACAGAAUCAGAAGGAUAUCUCAGUAGAGGAGAAAGAGAGACUCGUCAUUCUCACAAAUGAGCAGCCGUGGAAACCAUGGCAACGUUCCCGCUUCUGGGUCAAAGAGUGUCUGGUAAAGGUUAGGUGUGUCAUGGGCUCCCUGAUGGAGAUGGAGUGGUACUGUUUUGCUGCUCUCGGGGUGCUGACGGCCUUUCUUAGUUUUCUCAUGGACUUGAGUGUGGAAAAGCUGCUUCGAGCACACCAGUGGUUGUUUAGUCAGCUGGAAGGCCACUCUCUACUGCAGUUCUUGUCCUGGACCCUAUAUCCAGUCUCGCUUUGCACUCUGUCCACAACAUUUUCCCAGAGUGUAUCUCCAUUCUCAGCAGGUUCUGGAGUUCCAGAAGUGAGGACCAUGCUGUCCGGUGUGGACAUGCCACAUUAUCUGUCCCUCACCAACCUGUUUGCCAAAUACGUGGGUCUAAUCUGCACACUGGCAGCAGGUCGCACUGUCUUCCUCGGAAAAGUGGGUCCAUUUGUACACCUCUCGACCAUGGUAGGAGGCUAUCUGAACCGCCUUUGCACCGUUCUUCGCGGUGAGAGGGAGGAGAAAACUGAGGGAGCGAUGCUGGUUGUUGCUGCUGCUGUUGGAGUGGCCAGCUGCUUCGGGGCCCCAGUCAGUGGUGUGUUGUUUAGUGUGGAGGUGAUGUGCUCUCAUUUCGCCCUGAGAGACUACUGCCCCUGCUUCUUUGCAGCAGCCUGCGGAGCGCUCACCUUCCGUAUGCUCUCUGUUUGGAGCAGCGAUCAAGAGACCCUUCAGGCAUUGUUUCAAACCAACUUCUCAGAUGACUUACCCUUUUAUCCAGUGGAGAUCCUGGUCUUUACUAUUUUGGGGAUACUGUGUGGAGCAUGUAGCUGUGUUUACCUAUUCUGUCAUCGUUGGAUAUUGCAAUUCAUAAAGACAAACAAAAUACUGGUCAAAAUGUUGUCAACUGAAAAGGCCCUAUACUCAGCUAUCUUGGUAUUCCUUUUGGCAUCUCUGACUUUCCCUCUCUCUGCUGGUCAGUAUAUGGCUUCCAAUCUCACCAUGAAGCAGCUCCUCUCUUCCCUCCUGGAAAACCGGCAAUGGACCUCUACAGCUAAAAAUGCCUCAGCGGUGUUGCAACCACAGUUGUGUCCCUGGUCAGAGUGGUGUCCGUCAGGAAACCCAUGUCUUACUCUGGGAUUUUUCCUGGUCAUGAAGCUGUGGAUGCUGGUGCUGGCUUGUACCUUGCCUCUGCCUGCUGGUUACUUUAUGCCUGUCUUUAUCUAUGGUGCUGCUUUAGGACGUUUAGUUGGGGAAGCAUUGGCAUACGUGUCCUUAAAUGGCAUCUAUUCAGACCAGGAUAAAAAUCAAAUCAACCCUGGAGGCUAUGCACUGGCUGGCGCAGCAGCAUUCUCUGGGGCGGUUACACACACGCUGUCCCCCGCUCUCCUAGCUCUGGAGCUGACGGGCCAGUCAACUCAUGCCACACCUAUCCUCCUGGCCACACUGGUGGCCAAUGCCCUAGCACGUUCUGGGCAGCGCCCAUCCUUUUACGACGCUCUGUCUAUCAGCAAGAAGCUCCCACACUUACCCUCUCUGCUUCUGGUCUGCCCAAAGCUUUUUUCUGUUGCAUUAGGGAAAGUACUAAAUUCUACAGGGCCAGUAUUGGAGUGGGCAGCUGGACCAAUGGAGGUCCAGCAGGUUCUCAAUACCAGCACCCAGACACAGAUCCCUGUGGUCGAAACACUCGGCUCAAAGAUUCUGCUGGGAACAAUUAACAGAUCUGACCUGCAGACAUUUCUAUUCCACAACCACAAUAUGAUACUCAAGAAACAGUUGGGAGAUAUAUGUCCUAUUCAACCUGUUUCUGUCCAAAUCUCUCCUGACACAACUGUACAGGAGGCUCAUAGAGUCCUAAGUGUGCUGUGUGGCCAAAGCCUGUUUGUGACUGAGAAAGGGAGGCUAUGUGGUGUUGUCACAUGGCCAGAGAUGAAAAGAAUGAUGGAGGAUUUGACCAAUGACCUCUGAGCUGUGGACAUAAAAAAAAAUAUAUUCUAUACUCC